AUGUCUGGUAAAAAUAAGCCACCAGACAUAGAUAGGCGAUGUGAGGAUUGUGAAGAGGAUAUCCGUAAAGGCAGUGCAAAAGACGAGAAUGUUCAGGUUUUGCCGGCGGACAAAGGGAAUGCCACCGUGGUCAUGGACACCGAAGAUUAUACAUCCAAAAUCAAUGACCUCUUAGAUCGGAGUACCUACAAACGGCUAACCAGAGACCCAACCCAACUCAUUGUCAGAACAACGAAAUCACUGGUACAAAAGUCGAGCCUUAAAGAUGAAAUUAAGAAAAAGGUGUGCAGAAGUGAAGCACUAACUCUACGAAUCUAUGGCUUACCAAAGAUCCACAAAGCCAACAUUUCCUUGCGUCCCAUUGUUAGUGCUAUAGGCUCACCAAUAUAUUACCUAGCCAAGCACCUCACAACCCUGCUUCAACCACACAUUGGGCAAUCCAACACGUACAUCAUUUCAUAUCAAAAAUAA